GGGCCGGACGAGGCGGGCUUUGGUCGCCGGGAGAUUCGAUCCCUGACCGCGGGUCCCGACUGCGUCUUCCUCCCGCUGGAGACACGGAAGGAACCGUGGAACCCCUGUUGUUGAUCCGCGGGGUCUCCCACACGCCGUCACCUCCGCGUUCAGAUGGAGGCCAUGGAGGUGGACUUCCCGGGGGUGAUGCUGGGCGCAGGAGGAGGCAGCCGGCGCAGCCGACAGCGCGCCAUUAACAUCGCGGCCGAUUUAGCCGGAUCGGACGCCGCCGCGCCGCAAGACAUCUCGGACUCCAGCGGCACCGAGGUGGACGAGGACAACGAGGCGGAAUGGACGGCGCCGAGCGCGCCGCCCAGACUUCCUGCCACCUGGGCGUUCAGCCAUUGGGCGGUGGGCGGGUCGGCGGCCGCACCGUCGGCCGCUCAGGGGGCGCGAAUACGGAGGAGGCUCAGGCAGGGCCUCAGGGUGCACUACCCCAGCCAGACGGCAGCGCCCUCCAGAGGCUUUCCAGACUUCCUGCUCCGGGCACCGGCCGCCAGCGUGGCCGAGCCAGAGUCCGGCAGCACCACCGAGGUCAGCGAGUCUGAGGAUGACGAGGAAGGCCCGGCCGCCGCUCCGGGGCCCGUCGACCCGGCGCCGCCGCCGCCCGCCGGUCCUCGCCUCAACUCGCAACCGCAGGAAGCCGGCUCGCGCAACUCCGGUUCAGCUGCAGACGUCGAGCGGCCAGAAGCUCCAAGUCAGAACGUCCAGCCGGCCCCCGUGGCCACGCCCCUUAUGGCCACGCCCCCCACGGCCCCGGCGCCCAUGCAGCCGUCGCAGUCGGAAGAGGGCGAAGGCGACGUCUGCUCCAUCUGCUUCGAGGCGUGGACGACGGCGGGCGAGCACCGGCUGUCCGCCCUGCGCUGCGGACACCUCUUCGGCUUCACCUGCAUCCGCCGCUGGGUGUCCGCUCAGGGCCCGUCCGCCAAGUGUCCGCAGUGCAACAAGAAGGCGAAGCGCUCCGACAUCGUUCUGCUGUACGCUCCCAAGCUGAGAGCGCUCGACAACUCCGAGCAGGAGAUCCUCAAGAAGUCUCUGGAGCAGGAGCAGUCUCUGAGGCGGAAGGCUGAACUGGAAUCAGCUCAGUACAAACUGAAACUGCAGGUCGUCACCAACAAAUACGGACAAGCACAACAAGAGCUGCAGGAGCUGAGGGCCCUGAUGUCGCAGGGCGGCCGGAGCUCGCUCUCCUCCUCGGCGUCGGGCUCGCUGCUCCUCGGCCCGUCCCAGCGCUCCAGGGCGGCCCAGUACGUCUUCUCCAAGGCGGUGCUGGUGUCCCAGGCCGGAGGCUCCAGGGUCCUGUCCUACUGCGAGCCGCUGAGCUGCCUGCUGGCCUCGCAGCCGUCGCCUCAGGCCGCCCUGGUUCCCGGUUGUGGCGUGAAGAAGGUGAGCGUGGUCAACAUGAAGGCGAGUCAGUACGUCCCCAUCCACAACAAACAGAUCCGAGGUCUGUCCUUCAACAGGCAGAACGACAGCCUGCUGCUGUCGGCUGCUCUGGACAACACCAUCAAACUGACCAGUCUGCUCACCAACACCGUGGUUCAGACCUACAACGCCGGUAAGCCGGUGUGGAGCUGCUGUUGGUGUUUGGACAACUGCAACUACGUCUACGCCGGCCUGAGCAACGGCUCCGUGCUCGUGUACGACACCAGAGACACGAGCACGCACGUGCAGGAGCUGCAGCCGCUACGCUCACGGUGUCCCGUGGCGUCCCUGUGCUACAUCCCGCGGGCGGCGUCCAGCUCGUUCCCCUGCGGCGGGCUGAUCGCCAGCUCCCUGGAGGGCGGCUGCUUCUGGGAGCAGGUCAACGAGACCACGUACCGACCGCACGCGCUGCCGCUGGAGACCACCGGCUGCACCGACAUCCAGGUGGAGACGGAGACCAGACACUGCCUGGUCACCUACAGGCCAGGCCGCUCCAACCCGUCUCUGCGCUGCGUCCUGAUGGCGCUGACCCGCACGCCGCAGCAGGACUCCGCCCAGCUGCCCAGCUGCUCCUGCUCGCCCGUCCAGACGUUCGGCGCCGGCUCGUCCUGCAAGCUGCUCACCAAGAACGCCGUCUUCAGGAGCCCAGACGGGGGCGGGACUCUGGUGUGCGCCGGGGACGAGGCGUCCAACUCCACCUUGGUGUGGGAUGCAGCCAGUGGCUCUCUGCUCCAGAAGCUCCCGGCCGACCUCCCGGUGUUGGACAUCAGCCCGUUCUCGUUGAACGGAGAGCACUUCCUGGCCUCGCUGACCGAGAAGAUGCUGAAGCUCUACAGCCAUUGACCUUCGUCAUCUGGUCUACCCUUGGUCAUCGGGUCUACCCUUGGUCAUCGGGUCUACCCUUGGUCAUCGGGUCUACCCUUGGUCAUCGGGUCUACCCUUGGUCAUCGGGUCUACCCUUGGUCAUCGGGUCUACCCUUCGUCAUCUGGUCUACCCUUGGUCAUCGGGUCUACCCUUGGUCAUCUGGUCUACCCUUCGUCAUCUGGUCUACCCUUGGUCAUCUGGUCUACCCUUCGUCAUCUGGUCUACCCUUCGUCAUCGGGUCUACCCUUCGUCAUCGGGUCUACCCUUGGUCAUCGGGUCUACCCUUGGUCAUCGGGUCUACCCUUGGUCAUCGGGUCUACCCUUGGUCAUCUGGUCUACCCUUGGUCAUCGGGUCUACCCUUGGUCAUCUGGUCUACCCUUGGUCAUCGGGUCUACCCUUGGUCAUCGGGUCUACCCUUGGUCAUCGGGUCUACCCUUGGUCAUCUGGUCUACCCUUGGUCAUCGGGUCUACCCUUCGUCAUCUGGUCUACCCUUGGUCAUCUGGUCUACCCUUGGUCAUCUGGUCUACCCUUGGUCAUCGGGUCUACCCUUGGUCAUCUGGUCUACCCUUGGUCAUCGGGUCUACCCUUGGUCAUCUGGUCUACCCUUCGUCAUCUGGUCUAACCUUGGUCAUCUGGUCUAACCUUCGUCAUCUGGUCUAACCUUGGUCAUCUGGUCUAACCUUCGUCAUCUGGUCUAACCUUGGUCAUCUGGUCUACCCUUGGUCAUCUGGUCUACCCUUGGUCAUCUGGUCUACCCUUGGUCAUCUGGUCUACCCUUCGUCAUCUGGUCUACCCUUGGUCAUCUGGUCUACCCUUGGUCAUCUGGUCUACCCUUCGUCAUCUGGUCUAACCUUGGUCAUCUGGUCUACCCUUGGUCAUCUGGUCUACCCUUGGUCAUCUGGUCUACCCUUGGUCAUCUGGUCUACCCUUCGUCAUCGGGUCUACCCUUCGUCAUCUGGUCUACCCUUCGUCAUCUGGUCUACCCUUCGUCAUCUGGUCUAACCUUCGUCAUCUGGUCUACCCUUCGUCAUCUGGUCUACCCUUCGUCAUCUGGUCUACCCUUCGUCAUCUGGUCUAACCUUCGUCAUCUGGUCUACCCUUCGUCAUCUGGUCUACCCUUCGUCAUCUGGUCUACCCUUGGUCAUCUGGUCUAACCUUCGUCAUCGGGUCUACCCUUCGUCAUCUGGUCUACCCUUCGUCAUCUGGUCUACCCUUCGUCAUCUGGUCUACCCUUCGUCAUCUGGUCUAACCUUCGUCAUCUGGUCUACCCUUCGUCAUCUGGUCUAACCUUCAUAACCUGACAGAUAUCAAAAGGUGGCAUUUUUAUUUAUUUUUGUCACCGGGAAGUUAAUUCAAAACGUUCAAAGAUUUGAGACCCGACAACAACAAUUAGAUUUAUUCUUAACGAUGUUCACGAGUCUUAUCUGGUCGGACAACUGAGGUUUGGGAUGUCCGAGGGACCUUGAAUCCACCACGAAACGGUCCGCUGAGUUUGACCUCCUGGAAAGACCGGAAGUCAACGGCUAACGGGGGAAAGACGUGAAACCGAUGGUUUAGCAAACGGGACUUCGGAAUGUCGGUUUACUUUUAAGAUAAUAAAGGACAGAUAAAAGGUU